ACGACUUUUGUCAGCUGCACGAGACGCGCGGCGUCUUGCCUCAGAUAUGAAAACUGUCAGUUAACGUCAGUUGGAAGCUUCGUCAGUUGGUAGCACCGGUUCCGUUCGGAGCUACCGUUGACCCUUUGAGUAGUAGAGCAGAACCGGAGGCUGUGGGGGCUCACCAGCGGUACCAGAGCCCGGCUCCGGGUGAGACUACCCGGCGACUGGCGCUCUUUGUAUCUCUAAACUGCGGGGCUGUGCAGUAGUUUCUUCACUCCAGCUGCCGACUCCUAUGGCUCCAGGCACUGCCUGACUUUUGAUCUGUCAAGCAGGAACAGGACAGGCCCAGACAGAGAGAUGAGCUGGGCGGAGGAGGACUGGACCGUGGGGCUGUCGGGACGGGUUCUGCAGAAAGUGAAGGAGCUGCAGGUCAAUCAGGAGCGACUGUCCAGAGAGAGCAAACAGAAACAGCUUCAACUGGACAACAUCCAUACAAGCCUCGAAAAACAGACAUCGAAGUAUGAGGAGGUGCAUGGGGAGCUGGUCUGCACGCAGAGAGAGCUCCAGAGCGUCAGCAAGGAGGCCAAGGCGGCAGUGAGCAGCAGUGAGCGCCUCACACAGGAGCUUCACACCAAGCAGGCCCAAGUGUGCUCUCUGGAGGGCCAGGCAGACGCCGCUCGCACACUCAACAACAAACUCACCCAGGAAGUCAAACGGUUGGAGGUAGAGCUGGAGAAGCUGCAGAACAGCAGCCGAUUGGCGGACACCACUCUGUUUUCUACACCCUGCUGGAAUACAGCCUCGCCAUGGGAAAGCAAUGGGAGCAGAAAGGAGGAGAGGUCAGGGCACAAAGAUGAAGGACAGAGCCGGGCGCUUCACAGCCGACAGCUCCAGUUCCCCGAAGCCGGCACAGCCUCGUUACCACGACAACAACACAAGAGCACACCCCACCGCCACCCGUCCGACCAAUCGGAGAUCUUUUCCACUCCCCUGGUUGCGUUUCCGUGGGAACGGGAUGACUCCAGGUCAGCAGCCAGGAGACCGUCCCCAAGCUCUCCCCAGACGCCCUGCACUGAGGUCGUCAGUCAGUCGGAGCAGAGGGCUCAUGGGAAAGAGACGGAGCGGAGGACGGAGCCAGACACAGCGUCUUUAUCAGAAGCGCAGAGUCGAGUGUCUGCUCUGGAGGCGGAGCUAUGUGGGAAGGCCGAGGCGUUGAAGUCUAUUCAGAACGAAAUGGUGCAAAGCAAGAAGGAGCUCGCUGUGAAGGACGUCAGCAUUCAGAAAGCUCGCAACGAGCUCAGCGUGGCACACACACGCAUGGCUCAGGAGAGCGAACGGGCAUCAGGAGCUGAGCAGAAGCUGAAGCAUCUACAAGAGGAGCUGAAGUGUCAGAGGCAAAACACAGAGAGCAGCCGACUGCAACACCAACAACGCUCCAAGGAGCUGGAGAAACAACAUCAGAGGGACCUGACGGAGCUGCAGAAGGAGAGGCAGAGUCUGGAGAAGCAGCAUCAGCAGGAGGUGAAUAAGCUCAACCAGGAGCUCCAGCAGGCCCGCACGCUGCACCACGCCCUGCAGGCCCAGGCCGACAAGCUGUCUCUGCAGAAGCAGGCGUUGGACAAAGAGUUGGACACUCUGAAAGGGAAACUAAAGUGGACGGAGGGACAGCUGCAGGAGAGCCAGAAGAAAGAGGCACAGACACAAGCCAAGCUGACGGAAGCGCUGCGUGAGGCCGAGGGUGUGGCCGUCAGUCUGGAGCAGAGCAGGAAGAGAGAGCGCGCUCUGGAGGAGGAGGGGAGGAGGCUGGCAGAGGAGCGAGCCGACGCCCUUCGUCUCCUCAAAGAGCUGCAGGAGGAAAAAGCUGUCCAGGCACCCCCCCACCAACCUGUCCAGUUUUGCCCUGCUGGACAGAGUUUCUCUCCUCACCCCUCUUACUCUCCACAUUCGGGUCCACCAACUCACAUCAAGAAGCCCCGCGCUGCCACCUUAGCCGAGCAGAAGAGGGAGGAGGACCUGGAUUUGGAAAAGAGAAGGGCUGAGAUCGCAGCAUCUUACCCCGCGGACAGAGAGCCAGGCGAAGGCAGAGAUGCAGAACACAUCACUGACCGCGUCUCCCCUGACUCUGAGUCCUUUCACAGGGGGGGGGGACACAGAGGAAACAGUAGUGAGGAGAACAACAGUAGAAAUGAAGUGAUAAAGAGUGACAGCACUGGGACAAACAAGCACUCCACAUUUGAUCAAGCCCUCUCUAGUUCCUCUCCCUCUGAUGCUGGUACGCCCACUAACAUAUCCAUGGAUGUUGAUCAAUGCAGUCCGAACCUUUGUGCUGAAGAAACUCCCUCACUCAAGCCCUCUGAAGAUCUCAAGAGGGAGAAUGCCUCACUGCGGUCAGAGCUACAGGACGCAGAGGAAGAACUGCAGAAACGACUUGAGGACCUGGAAGCUCAAAGACGGGCGGAGACAGAAGCCAGGACCCGGCUGAAACAACUCGGCCGCAAACUUGCCGGCCAGACUGCAGAGAAGGACGAGCAGGAGAAGCAGUGGAGGGCUCAGCUGGAGAGUGAGAAGGAGGAGACGGAGAGGUUGAGGAAGGCCAUGGCUGCUAUGGAGACGGAGAUGACAAGAGGGAGAGAGGAAACGGAAAGAACGGAGAUCCAGGAACAGGAGGAGGGGAAAAACAAAGCACUAGAAGACCGGGAGAGUGAAAUGAUAGAACUUAAUAUCCAGCUAAAGAAACAGCUCGGGGAGGUUAAAGCCCAGCUGGCUUUAGAACGAGAAGAGAGAGAAAGAGAGGAAGAUGAAAGAAGGCAAAGGACAGAGACAGACCAGGAGCAGCUGGAACAACUUCAAGCUGAGCUGGAGGAACUGAAGCUCAGCAGAGAAGAAGACUCGCUGGGAGAGGACAAACUCUCAGUUGCCAACAGCCCGCUGACUUACCUGUCUCUCCGUGACGAUGAGUUCAACUCCAACAUCGAUCGCUGCGACAACAAGCUCCUCCCCUCCCCGGAGCAGCACCUCCUCUUCUGCCAGUCCACCAACCAGCGCAACAUGCUGGCGUCUCAGGCCUCAGGCGGUCUCAUGACCCAGGGGGAUCAAACAGUGAUAGAGUCUGUACUCUCACCUCUGUCCAAUGAGGGGCACACCGCCUCUGACCGUGAUGACCACCAGCAAAACUAUCUGAGAGGGUCUUCCCAGUCAGACCAAUCCCUUUCUGAUCUGCAGGAGGUUGAGACCACCUCUUCAGAUGUUGCUAAAGAGGUGGAGUGCCUGCAGAAGCAGACUGCAAAGGAGACAGAACGUGCAAAUCAGUACCAGGUUAAACUGGAGGCGCUGCAGAGCCAGGUGACACGUCAGACAAAGCAGCUCACCAUGGCCUUUGAGAAUCAGAGCCAGCACAUCUCUGGUCUGUUAGCUGAGCUGCAGGAGAAGGACAGCGCCCUCCUCAGCCAGGGAGAGGAACUGCAGCGCCACAAGCAAGAGCUGGACGUGCUCAAGAUCCACUCUGAGGAGAAGACAAGAGAAGGGAUGACUGUCAAAGAGGUGGAGCACGGAGAACAAAAAGAGACACGAGUUGAGAGGUCGAUUCAGUCACAUCAGGAAAAUAAGUGUGCGGUCACUGUGCUCGAGACAAACUCAGCUAAAGACGGUGUCUCUGAUGCGCAGAGAGACGCAGGUCAACUAGAGAGUGUGACUCAGAUUAACCAAGACUCUGCUUGUGUGAUGGGUGAGACUCAAGGUGGAGGAACAGCAGAUGUGAAUGCAGAACCGCUCACACUAUUGGCCAAUCAGCAGCUGAGACUAGAAGGAGUGAGUAUCUCAGACUCCAGGGCCCCAGCUGCACACACUGACAGUGAAAACAAACACGACUUAAGAGUUAAACAAAGCCAAGACACAGGAAAUGCUGCUGUGUGCUGCUUGGAGGAACAGAGGUCACCUAGUGUGCCGACUGACAUCAGCUCUGACGCACGCCCGCAGGAUGUUAGCGGGAGGGGAGAUGAAGGUGGAGACUCAGAACGGGACGAUGGGAGGCCUUCAAAGGCUGAAGAGGAGCAGGAGUCUGAGCUUCAGAUCGACCGACUGCAUCAACAGGUGGAGGAGCUGCAGAGGAGGCUGCGCUCUCUCUCUGCAGAGACCCAGCAGCAGUCCCAGGAGCUCGUCAUGUGGAGACUGGCCUCCAAACCAGCCCCAACACUCGACCAGACCCUUCCCAACACAGACAACCUCCAGUCUGAGACCCCAGAACAGAUUCCUGCUGUCAGACGGUCCCAGGCAGACCAGCAGCCGGGGGAUGAGAUGACCCCGGGCCCGGCGCCUCCCCAUGGUCAGCAGGAGAGCCCCGAAUAUGUGACAGUCAUCAGAGAAGACGAGUUACUCCUGUCCUGCUCCUCCAACAAGCUGCAGGGCCGCAUGUUGUUCUCCAGACUUCAGCACAGCAACCUGCCCGAACCCAAGAGUCUCCAUCCCUCCAAAAACACUGCAGAGCUUCUUGAAAACAAUCGGGACACUGACACCAUCGACAAGGAGUCUGAAAAAGAAAACCAGGAGAUCAACAUCUUGCAUCAGUCCAAAACAUUUCAAACACAACACAAAGAGAGGAGAGACACUGAAGUUAUCCAAAUGAUCUCUGAGAAAACAGGGCAACCACAUUCCACCAAAGAGUCCCUGAAGGUCUCGGGGCCGAAGCAGACCAGAUCAUCUGAGUGUCUUCCUGAGGCCACACCUGAUGCUCUCACGGCAACCAGCGAAACAAACACAACCCAUGGUUCCUCAGGGAAACAUGGCAGGACAGAAAUGAAAAGUGUCAGCAGUCAAACGGAAGAGAGUUUGAACCCUCGCAGUGCUCCACCUGAACUCCACUGUGCGCACACACAGACUGAGGAAGAGGAGGAGGAAGAGUUGGUAGAAUCCCCUCCUGUCUCUCCUAUCACACGAUCUGAGGCAGCAGAGUUAGGACUCAAGGUGUUGUUUUCGGGUUCCUUCCCCAUCCCGUCUGACCCGGCCCGUCUGGCUGAACGAAUCCGUCGCAACAGGACGCAGCUGUCGGCCGCCUUCGACGACACCGAGUACGAACCCUACGGACUGCCGGAGGUCGUCAUGAAAGGUUUUGCCGACAUCCCCAGCGGUCCUUCGUGUCCCUACAUCGUGAGGAGAGGUUUGUUAGGGACGUCUGUGGUGCCUGCACCUCAGAAAGACCGGAGACAGGAGGAGGAGACGGAUUAAAGCACAGCUACAGAGAUCUGGUGAAAGAACUGAUCACUGCGGCUUGAUGAUGAACCUCAGUGAUGGCCGACAGCAGCUCUUCAGCCUCUCUCAGUCACCAUCGCUCUGAAGCAUCAGACCAACGCAGGGCCCGUGUAGAGAGCUGCUCUCACACAGGGACCUCUGGGUGUGUGAGCAGGUAACUGGGCCUGCAGAGGGAACACUUCCACUGUGCAUUUAUAUCUAAAUGAUCACUAGUUUAUCCUCCAAUGACUGUGUGGAGACUCUGACCUCCAUCACAAGGGUGUCACUUUACUCCUGCCUGUAUGUCUGUGUGUAGAGGUACAGAGUUAGGGAUGUUUGUUGGUGUUUAUUUGAAGUUUACAACCACUUUUCCAAAGGGACUGUUUUAGUUGUAGUCUCCACUGUGGGUCUAGCUUCAGCCAGCUUUGAAUGAAACAGUGCCGAGUUCAUGCUUUUCCUAAACAAGUGCGUGUCAAGAUAAGUUUGACUUAUUUUCCAAAAAGGGAGAAGCCAAGAGAGGCCUGUUAGGGAAAUUCGAUUUUUUUAAAUGUAUUCCUUGUUGGGUGUGUGUGUGGUGUGUGUUGUGUGUGUGUGUG